AUGGUCGACAACUUCGGAGUACGGGAACUCAUCUGGCUGGUGUUGUCGUUUGUCCUACCGGUAUGAUUCUUUUAGAAAACAUUGGAUUCUAAUUUGUUAUUUGCUGAUGCUAUUGACUCUGUUUAUAUGCUAAAAUGAGAAUAUUUUUUAAUUUUUCGAUUUCAGCCACUUGCUAUUUUCAUCAGAAACGACCAGUUGAAUGUACACGUCUGUUUGAGUAUCGUGUUGUUGUUCAUCUUUUGGUAAGUGUUUGCUUUGUUAUUUAUUACCUGAGGUUUAGGCUGCCUGCUGUAAUCCACUCGCUGUGGUACUGUUUCUUCCGUUCCGACAGCUACACUCCACCUACCGAACAAGAAAAGGCUUAA